AUGUCUUCUCGUCCAGAACUCAAGGUUGACGACGAAGUCGGCUUCAUUCGUUUUUAUCGUUCCCUCGCAGCAAACAGCGACGAUGAAACUAUCCGCGUUUUCGACCGCGGUGACUGGUAUUCUGCGCAUGGCGCCGAAGCCGAGUUCAUCGCUCGUACUGUCUAUAAGACCACAUCUAUACUCCGCAACCUAGGCCGCAGCGACUCCGGCGGCCUUCCUUCCGUCACCAUGAGCGUGACUGUCUUCCGCAACUUUCUGCGCGAAGCUCUCUUCCGACUCAACAAGCGUAUUGAAAUCUGGGGCUCGGUCGGAACGGGCAAAGGCCAUUGGAAGCUGGUAAAACAAGCUAGCCCAGGAAACCUCCAAGAUGUGGAAGAAGAGUUAGGUAGCGUUGGUGGAUUAUCCAUGGACUCUGCUCCUAUUAUCUUAGCGGUUAAGAUCUCGGCCAAGGCCGCAGAGGCCAGGAAUGUGGGAGUGUGCUUUGCCGACGCCAGUGUGCGGGAGCUCGGUGUUAGCGAGUUUCUGGAUAACGAUAUCUAUUCCAACUUUGAGUCACUUAUUAUCCAGCUUGGGGUCAAGGAGUGUCUGGUGCAGAUGGACUCUAAUAAAAAGGACGUUGAAUUGGGGAAGAUUCGAGCUAUUGCGGAUAACUGCGGGAUCGCCAUCUCCGAGAGGCCUGUGGCUGAUUUUGGUGUCAAGGAUAUUGAGCAGGAUCUGACGAGGUUGUUGAGGGAUGAGCGGUCGGCUGGCACGCUGCCGCAGACGGAGCUGAAGCUUGCUAUGGGCUCAGCGUCUGCGUUGAUUAAGUACCUUGGUUACCAGCUCUAUCAGCAUGAUUUGUCGCAGUUUAUGAAGUUGGAUUCGUCGGCGCUGCGUGCUCUUAACCUUAUGCCUGGCCCGCGGGACGGAUCGAAGUCUAUGAGUUUGUUUGGCUUGUUGAAUCACUGCAAGACGCCUGUUGGGAGCCGGUUGCUUGCGCAGUGGCUGAAGCAGCCGUUGAUGGAUUUGGCGGAGAUCGAGAAGAGACAGCAGCUUGUGGAGGCUUUUGUCGUCAACACGGAGCUGAGACAGACUAUGCAGGAGGAGCACCUUCGCUCCAUACCGGAUCUGUACAGACUAGCGAAGCGGUUCCAGCGCAAACAGGCAAACCUGGAGGACGUCGUGCGGGUGUAUCAGGUUGCUAUUCGCUUGCCUGGUUUUGUCAAUUCUCUCGAGAAUGUGAUGGACGAAGAAUAUCAGACACCUCUGGAGACGGAGUACACUUCCAACCUCCGGAGUCACUCCGACAGCUUAGUGAAACUGGAGGAGAUGGUUGAGACUACAGUUGAUCUUGAUGCGCUGGAGAACCAUGAGUUUAUUAUCAAACCUGAGUUUGAUGAGAGUCUGCGGAUCAUCAGGAAGAAGCUGGACAAACUCCGUCAUGACAUGGGUGUUGAGCACCGCAGAGUAGCUCGGGACCUCGACCAAGAUAUGGAGAAGAAACUCUUCUUGGAGAACCACAGGGUGCACGGAUGGUGUUUCCGACUUACUCGCAACGAGUCGGGCUGUAUCCGCAACAAACGAGAGUAUCAGGAAUGCUCUACACAGAAGAACGGCGUCUACUUUACUACGACGACUAUGCAAACACUUCGCCGGGAGCAUGAUCAACUGUCCUCAAACUACAACAGAACUCAGACCGGCCUGGUGAAUGAGGUCGUCAAUGUCGCCGCGUCCUACUGUCCCGUCCUGGAACGACUUGCCGGUGUGCUAGCACAUCUCGAUGUCAUUGUAAGCUUCGCUCAUGCUUCUGUCCAUGCGCCGACGCCCUAUUCUCGGCCCAAGAUGCACCCACGAGGCACCGGAAACACGGUUCUCAAGGAAGCGCGUCACCCCUGUAUGGAGAUGCAGGAUGACAUCUCAUUCAUCACUAAUGAUGUGGCUUUGGUUCGAGACGAGUCCUCCUUCCUAAUCAUUACUGGUCCAAACAUGGGAGGUAAAUCGACUUAUAUUCGCCAGAUCGGUGUUAUCGCCCUCAUGGCUCAAACGGGCUGCUUUGUGCCUUGCACGGAAGCAGAAUUAACCAUCUUUGACUGCAUCCUUGCACGUGUUGGUGCAAGUGAUUCGCAGCUCAAGGGAGUGUCUACUUUCAUGGCUGAGAUGCUUGAGACAUCCAAUAUUCUCAAGUCGGCAACGUCCGAGUCUCUUAUCAUCAUCGACGAGCUUGGGCGCGGUACAAGCACAUAUGAUGGCUUCGGCCUAGCAUGGGCCAUCUCCGAACACAUCGUCACAGAGAUUCGCUGCUUUGGUCUUUUCGCUACUCACUUCCAUGAAUUGACAGCUCUCGCCGAUCGAUACCCCAAGUCUGUCAAGAACCUGCACGUGGUCGCCUUCAUCGGUGAUGGUACCGAUGAUGACAGUGAAGAUAAAAAGUCCAAGCGGAACCAGGUCACUCUCCUGUACCGUGUCGAACCUGGCAUUUGUGACCAGUCAUUCGGUAUCCACGUUGCCGAAUUGGUCCGCUUCCCAGAGAAAGUGGUUAACAUGGCCCGUCAGAAGGCAGAGGAACUUGAAGACUUUACUUCAUCGGAACAGCAAAACCAGCAGUCAUCCAUGGCUAUCGAUGGAUACUCGCAAGAAGAAGUUGAGGAGGGCAGUGCCCUUCUCAAGGCGAUGUUGUUGAAAUGGAAGGCGGAGACCGAGUCGUCUGGUAAGGAGUUGACGGUGGAAGAGAAGCGACAGAUCAUGCGUGAUCUCGUCAAAGCGGAUGAGAAGCUGCAAGCAAACAAGGAUGACAACAUGCUCAUGAGCGAUGGAUUGCUGCGGGUAUUUUGGCCAUAUGACCUUCCUCGGUCAUCGUCACAGGGCGUGAUUGUCGGGUGGAAGAACUCGGAGCUCGACUUGUUCGUGCUGACGGUCUUGGAGGAUGUUGAGCCUAGGAAUGUCGACAAUGCUCUGCGUGCUGGAAUCCUUUUUCGCAACAGCCCCCAUCCGAUUGUGAGGAUAUUUACGCUCUGUGGCAGAUCUGCCAUGCAUGUGCUGGGGACGACCAAUCCACGAGAGCCACCGACGGCGUUUAGCCCGUCGCACCUGUAUGUGAAUACGCAUUCGUCAUUUAAGAUCCCUCGGAUAUAUUGUCCGCCGGAGACGAAUGUGUCUGUUCAGGUUAUCAUGUUUCAUCGCCCUCAUCCUACCCGCAUGGAGUAUAUGUCGCUAGAGCCGAUUUCCCUUGCUCUGGGCGACAAGGUGUUUGCUGCGGACAAAUCCGACUCAGUAUCCGACAAGAUUGAUACCGAGGAGGAGCGGGAUAAAACGCAGUCUCAGAAGUUGGUUGAAAAGCUUAAGCUUCAUACGGUCGUUAAGCAUGUCCCGUCGCACAAAGAGCAGGCACUGCCCCUCAUAAUCAACCAAGUGAAUUGCGCCUACGAGAUGGGGAAGCUCAUGGAAAAGAAUAGUCACCUGAUUGGGAUUCGUGUCAAGAGGAGUAUGAGCGUUGGUGAGCGAGUUGUCGAAUCUGCAACCACGCUGUGGGAUCUUUUUGUCCUUGGUGUUUCCUAUGUGUUCUGGCAAUGGGUGUGGCCUGUUGUCACACGGAUCUUCGUCAUCGGUCUUGUGUUCCACCGAACAAUUGCUGAGAUAGUACUCCAGAUUCUAGAAUGGCGCGCCCGGCCCGAUGCAGCAGCUUUAAAGGACAUAUCAGCAACGGCCCAACAAGUUGACAUUCGGCUCCAACAGUUCUGCUACUGGCCCAUUCAAUACGUCAAGCUGCGACAGAGGAAGGAUAAUUGGGAGAGUGUGACUACCAGCCAUCCAGACUAUAUUCGGUUCUACAACAGUCUAUGGCUUGUCGCGAACGACGUGAUUAUCGGUAUAGCGUUGGGUUCCUACAUCAUCGAUAAUGCAAAUUGGGUGGCUUUGCAAAUCAACGCUAUUCUUACUGGCUGGACUGUGGAAGGAUUACAACGUACUAUAUCCUGGCUGAUGGACUGGCCAGCAGGCUUAAAGUUGAAUAAUGAGCUCGCAGCUUUUCUGGGCGAUCUGUUUCUCAUGCCGAUUGCCCUCUUCUCAGAUCUCGUAUCUAUACUGACCGUGCACAUUUACUCGUUCUAUAUCGCCUCGGCGCGCAUCUUCAAUUGGCAGCUGACUAUCAUCAUAUCCCUAUUCCACCUGUUCCGUGGUAAGAAGCGGAAUGUGCUGCGCAAUCGUAUAGAUUCAUGCGACUAUGAUUUAGAUCAACUCCUGAUUGGGACGAUCCUGUUCACAGUGCUCUUCUUUCUCCUUCCUACCAUCAUCGUUUUCUACCUGGCUUUUGCAACCGCUCGGAUGUCAAUCAUCUCGGUGAAAGCGAUACUUGAUACAUGUCUGGCAUUCUUGAACCACUUCCCACUCUUCGCCUUGAUGCUGCGGGUCAAAGAUUCCCGGCGACUGCCAGGCGGUAUUCACUUUGAGCUCCGCGAAGAGCAUGAUAAGUCAUCAAACAACGACUCGGCUUCCAUAGUACCAUACAUCCAUCUCGAGUCAAUACCCCUGACUCUUCGCGCCAUGUUCGACCAAUACUUCCAACUAGGCCAUCGCCUCCGAAAACAUUAUCUCUCGCCGCGCGUGAUCUUCUGCCUAGUAACCGGCCGCUUCGUGCCCCCGAUCCACCGUCGCAAUCUCUACAGCAUGCAAUAUAGUAUGCUUCCUGCUCGUCGGGCCGGAAUGGCCGAGGUGUGGUCCUUGUUGACCCAGCCUCGUAAAACGAAUAGUGGCGGCGGCGGUUCCUCUACCAUGGCUGGGGGAAUGGGUGCAACGGCGAAUGGGCUACUGAAGGUUCCGGGCGGGUUCGGCCAGGGUGAUAUGAGGAGACGAGGACAUCGAUGA